GAAUCUUUCAGCUCACUGGUUGGUAUCCACUCUCUUCAUCAAUCAUCACCAUCCAUUAUUGGAGGUUGGAGCUGCUUUGUGCAUUCUGUCAAGUCCUCAUGGAAACUAAAUCCCAUAAGCAGCUUCACAUUUUCUUCUUCCCAUAUAUGGUUCAAGGCCACUUCAUACCCCUUAUAAACAUUGCCAGACUAUUUGCUUCUCGUGGUGUAAAAUCCACCCUAAUAGCCACCCCUCUCAAUGCACCUCUCUUUUCCAAGGCAAUCCAAAGCAGCAAGAAAUUGGGCAUUGAUGUUGACAUUCUUGUCAUCAAGUUCCCAACUGAGGAAGUAGGGUUGCCUCAAGGAUGUGAAAAUGCUAACUUAGUUACCACCUUGGAGAUGAACGAAAAGUUCAUCAAAGCCACCUUCCUUCUUCAACCACAAAUUGAGCAGAUUUUAGACAAACACCGCCCUCAUUGCCUUGUUGCAGACACGUUCUUUCCUUGGGCAACGGAUGUUGCUGCCAAGUUUGGUAUUCCCAGGAUCAUAUUUCAUGGCACGGGUUUUUUCGCCUUGUGUGCUUCUCGUAGUGUGGCGUUGUAUGAGCCUCACGCGAAGCUGUCAUCUGAUUCAGAAGCUUUUACUAUUCCUAAUUUUCCAGUUGAGAUCAAGCUGACAAGAAGCCAAAUGCCGAAUGUUCCCAAGCAAAGUGCUGAAAUCACCAAGUUGCUUAAGGAGUCGAGGGAGAGCGGGGAAAAGAGCUAUGGGUUCAUUGUUAACAGCUUUUAUGAACUUGAACCGGCUUUUGCCGACCAUUACAGGACAGUGUUUGGGAGGAAGGCAUGGCAUAUAGGCCCGGUUUCGUCAGCCAAUAAGGCAGCACAUGACGAAUCCUCCCUUGAUCAGCACGAGUGCUUGAAUUGGCUUAGUUCUAAGAAACCCAAUUCAGUUGUUUACAUAUGUUUCGGAAGUAUAGCCAAUUUCAUCGACUCUCAGCUCCUAGAAAUUGCAGCGGGGCUUGAGGCUUCUGGGCAGGAGUUCAUUUGGGUUGUGAAGAGAGAAAAGAAUGAUAAAGAAGAGUGGCUCCCCGAAGGGUUUGAGAAGAGAAUGGAAGGUAAAGGACUAAUUAUAAGAGGUUGGGCUCCGCAAGUGCCGAUCCUUGAGCACCAAGCAAUCGGAGCCUUUGUGACUCACUGCGGGUGGAACUCUAUCCUUGAAGGAGCGUCUGCUGGGGUGCCAAUGAUCACAUGGCCCGUGUCGGCUGAGCAGUUUUACAAUGAGAAGUUGGUGACUGAGGUACUGAAAACUGGGGUUGCUGUUGGUGCUAAACAAUGGGGUACGGGUACAUUUCUGGAUGUGAAGAAGGAAGCCAGUGUGAAGAGGGAAGCCAUAGAAAAGGCUGUAAAUCAAGUAAUGGCGAGUGAAGAAGCAGAGGGAAUGAGAGGCAGAGCCAGGGUGCUUAGAGAAAUGGCAAUGAGGGCUGUUGAAGAAGGUGGUUCGUCUUUCUCAGAUUUAACUUCUCUAAUUCAGGAAAUGGGGUCCCUUGUAGCAUGAACUUCCUUCGACGGACUAAAUUGUUGUAUCCCAUGGAAAAUAGGAAUCUAAAUACAUAUUUUUAAGCUCAGUAGACUUGUCUCCCAAGUCACAACUACUGAUAUAUACCAACUCUAUCAACCAGUUUCUUCAGUCAA